AUGAAGGCCUCUUUCGCACUCUCGUCCUUGGCGGUUUUCGCCAGCUCUCUCGUGUCUGCAGCACCACAACAUCCUUGCCGCGCUGACAAGCCGGCAGCAUUCUUCUUAGCUGGCGAUUCUACCACAGCUAACGGCGCCAUUGGCACCAACUUCGGCGACAGUGGCGCGACAACCGCAUCUUUUGUUGCAGAAGGAUACUGGGCAAAAGUCAUCGCCGCAGUGAACGCAAACAAGGCGAAGUACACGCCUUAUGUCACAAUCCAGUUCGGCCAUAAUGACCAGAAGUCCACCUCCGGCAUCUCAGUGGCCCAGUUCAUCACCAACAUGGAGAACUUGGGCAAAGCCGUCCAGGCCGCAGGCGGCAUUCCCGUCAUCACGACCUCCCUAACCCGACGCACCUUCGACUCCAACGGUGUGAUUGAGAACCUAGCUGAGCACUCUGCCGCCGCCAUCACGGCCGCGGGCAACAUCGGCGCCGUGUAUAUCGACCUCAACAAGGCGAGCACGGCGUACGUCAACGCCAUUGGCAAGGCCAACGCGGCGCUCUACAACCUCAGCGCGAGCGACUACACUCACUUGAACACGGCUGGCGGCGUGGUGUUUGGGAACUUGGUGAGUGUGCUGCUUAACGGAUUGGAUAAGGCGGACAUCACAGAGGGGACUGUGCCUGAUGCUGACAUCGCGGCGGCAAUUGCGGCGGGAGAGUUUAUCUUGCCAUAGGGGGUUCAGUGGCGAUGGAAUAAUCGGUUUGUGAGAGACAGAAGGGUUUCUAUUGGCGAUAGUAUAUAUUUUGGACGAUAUUAUGGCACAUAUAAAACACACCUUUGGGCUUGAGCCUUUUUGCAACCUACCAUAACUUAGUAUCGUAGCUAGGCCACAGAAACAGCGAUUCUCU